AAUGGAGCGAAGCGGGCCUCCUCUCCACUCCGGGCUCGCUGGCUGUCCGCGGCAGUGCGAGGAGGGGAGAUCGGGGCAGCAUGAGGAUGAGGACGCUGUGCAUCGUCUCGGCGCUGAUUCUGGGGAGCGCCGCGUCCGUGUCGGCGGUGCCGGAUGAUGAGUGCAACGACGAGUUCCCGGCCCGAGAGAACUGCGAGUUCGACGAGGUGUGCGAGGACGCGUUCUGCCGCCACAACGAGUACGUGACGUGUCACAUGAACCGUUGCGGCACCUGCGAGGCCGUCUUCCGCGGCUACGACAACCUGACGGUCAGCUGCAACGAGCUGACCCCAAAGUGCCGCCUGAUGCAUCUGGAGAUGUUGAACAAACGACGUACCGGUACUAUCCUCCCCGGCGGCCGGCUGGAUAUCGAGUACGACCCCGAGUGUGACGAACACGGCAUGUUCAAGCCUAAGCAGUGUGACGACGACUCAAACCUGUGCUGGUGUGUGGACAGCGCUGGUGUGCGGGUCACCGACAAGACCGGGGACGACCCCAAGUGUGACCGGCUAGUGCGAGUGCACCUCAUUGAGAUUCUGUUCACGUUCAAAGUGGAGUUCACCCCGCUGGCCAGGACCAAAGAUGCAAUACGACGGCAGUUGGUCUUUAAGCUGGUGAAGGAGUACACACUGGACACCACACAGAUACUGGAGAUAAAUAUCGAGGAGCGAUCCCAUGUUGUGUCCAUCCGCCUCACGGAGAACGGAACCAAGGACCCAGUGGACGUGGCCACUGUAGCCCACUACAUUGAACGCGAUCUCAAAAACAGCAAAUUCGGUCUGGAGGUGGAUGGGCGGAGCCUGGAGGUGGAGCGGGACUCCAUCAAGGUUCUGUUUUUCGACAACGAGCCGCCCCGCAUGAACAUGAAAACCAUCUCGCCUGGCUUUGCUGCCAUCAUCAUCGUCAUCGCGUUGGCCAUCCUCACUGGCAUUGCCGUCUUUGUGGUGGUACGGCGAAGAGCUGAGCAGGAGAAGAAGAGAUUCCAGUUUGAAGUCAUUGAGGGUCAGGGGCAAGAUGAUUAUCACAUGGCACAGAGGGAGACCAUGGCCUACUUUGUCAUGUGAUGUGCAAUUCCACCAUGCUGCUGUAGUCACUGACAUGUUUUCAGUGGGAUUGUAAGUGCCUUGUUGAUAUUAAGUGUAGUGCAGCUAAUUUAAUUACUCUGCUAAUAGUAUUUUAUUUCAGAAAAAUACAUAUUUAAAAGAAAUUAAGAUUGUUUUAGAUGUCAUUCAGUUGUACCAUGCAUAUUCAGACGGGAUACUGACAAAAUGCACUGUGGAUGCACCCAUCUUCCAGUAGAUGGCACUGUUGCACAAUCAUUUUGUAAAGUUGCAAAAUUAGACUUUUGAAAGAUGUAUAAAACUUACAUAAUAGCUA